GAGGGAAACCCCGUGCGCGACGCGGAAAACCACGAGCCCGUCGUCGUCUCUCUCCCCGCGCGCCCACCGGAACCCACCCACGACUUCUCCCGCGCUUUAUCACCAACCCUGGCAACCCACCCACACGGCCACACCCAGCAACAGCAAGCUACCGAGCCAUGUGCCGCGCCACCACGAUGGAGGUCGGCCGCCCGACGCCGACCCUCGACAUCCGCGCCUUCUACCUCCGCCUCUCCUCCCCGGCCGCCCCGGUGCCGGCGGACCUCGCGCUCGUCUACCUCCCGGCCAUCGGCGGCGCCGCGCUGGGGCUCAACGGCCGCGCGCUCCCGCCCGCCGCGCCCGCGGAGGUCACGCUCCGCCAGGUCGCGGCCGACGCCUACGCCAGUGCCGACCGCGUCGCCGCCGCCGAGGGCGCGCGGUUCGAGGUCUACGCCGGCAAGGAGAUGGCGGCCGAGGGCGUCUUCAGGCGCCGCGGGGAGCUGGGCUGGCGCGUCGAGUGCCGCCGGGCGGGCCCGGGCCCGGCCCCGGUCGCGGUGGCGGAGGUGGUGGUGCUCGCGGAGGGCGGCGUGCUGAUGAGGGACAGGGCCAGGGCGACGUCCAGGCGUGGGCUGGCCUGCGGCGGGGGCACCAGGCUGGAGGGGAUCCCGGAGGAGGCCACGGACCUCGCCUGGGGGUGCCACUGCGGCUCCUGCGCCGAUGAUGAGGACUGGGAGGUGGUCUCCGACGACGGCGAGCCGUGGAAGGACGAGGAGGAGGACGUGGAGGUGGAGACGGUGAGGUGGGCGAUGGAGAUGGGGGUGUGGGCCGUGUGCCUCGGCGUCGGCCUGCUCGCCACGGCCAGGCGGUUCCGCCGGAAGCGCGCCUUCUGGUGAGCGCCUCCGGCCGCCGCUCCUUUUUGGCACCGUCGUCUCGUCCCGCCAGGACUAAAUUUUUGCCUGUAUAGUAGUUUCAAGUGUAAACUCCAAGAUUUAGUGCAAAUUUCUCCUUGAUUUCACGAGUGUGCAUUGCAUCUGAUCAACGAGGACAGACUCUUCUGCA